AUGAAUGAAGUUUUGUUCGUUUGCUCGCCAUCACAGGCUUUCCGGCGCGCAGAUCGUUGGGUGGACCUUCCUGGCAGUGAUGAUGGGCUGCUUGCUCAGUGUUUUUUACCAUCUCUCUCUCCGCACAUCCUGUUGCAGCUUGGGCAGCAGCAGCGGUGCGCCUAUGGCUCCGGUGCAGCGGACAGCGCGAUCUCGGCCGUGUGGCGGCGGCGGCGGCAGCAGUGUGACGCAUCGUUCCGGCGGUACGCGUGCAGUGAGUGGCCAGCACGUUAG